AUGUCUUUACUUUAUUUGCUGGCCUAAGUUAUGUACUUGGCUCAUUUAUUUACUUGUCUUUGGAAUUAUGUAGGACUUCUCUAGAUGAAAUAAAAUGAAGGCUGGAUUGUAUAUUAUAACUUUUAAACAGAGUCAGUAACUACUAGAUAUAUAUAAAUUUUUUAUUAUGCAAUUGUAACUAUGACAACAAUAGGCUAUGGUGAUUUCACUGCGCAAACUCAUUUAGAAAAAUUUUUGAUGAUUUUUGUUGCUUUCUUUUCAUGCGGCAUUUUUGGUUACACUAUUAAUUCAAUUGGUAACAUUUUAUAUGAUAUUAAACAAAAAAGAGACCUUUACCUUUAAGAGAUAGCAAAGAUAAAUAAAUAUUUUAAAUAAAAUAAUGUUGAGCUAGGACUCUAAUGUAGAGCAAAAAAGUAUAUAUAAUAUUUAUACAGCGACUAAUAUUGUGAUCAUUCUUGUUCAAUUAAAUCAUUAUCUUCGCUUUCAGUGUACUUACAGAAAGAAAUAUAAUAAGAUGUUUACAUCAAAAUGCUGAAAAAAGUACAUAUAUUUAAAGAAAUUGUGAAUGAUCAAAUUUUCAGUGAGUUGGCUCUCUAAAUGAGGGAAAGAAUUUUUUGCCAUGAUCAAAUAAUAACUAAUUUGUCAGAAGAAGAAAAUGAAAUUUUUGUCUAUUUUGUUAAUGAUGGCACUAUUUUAGAGUACUCCCAAUAUGAUUCUACUACUUAAAUAAAAGAGAUAUAAAAAUUUAGAUAUGGACAAAAUUUUGGGUUAGUAAAGUUUAUGAGAGGAGAUGCUAACGGAGAGCUUAAAUAUAAGAGCGUUGGAGUUUCUUCUGUAUUGUAACUCAGCUUAUCAAGUUUUAUAGAUAUUUUGAGAAAAUAUGAUUUAGAAUAUUAAAAAUAUUGUUUUCUUAAAGAUGAGAUGAAAUACCAAAAAAAAAGUUUAAAUGCGGUAAUAAACGUACAGAAAGUUUAAAAAACUUCUGAUUUAUACUACUAACAAAACAUAUCAUGCUUUUCCAUUUGGGAUUUUAGCUAAGAUUCUGAGUCUAUGUCUGAGACUGAUAAUGAAGAAGAUGUUGAAGAUUCAAGUGAGAGUGAGAGUGAUAAACAAAGUUCACAUGAACGUAAACAGCAAAAGGUAGAGACUUAGUUAUUCAGUGAUUUGAAAAUUGGUGAGCUCAAAAAAAAAGGAUCAAUAAUUGAUGAUUAGGCACAUUAAAUAUGGGAAAGAAAAUGUAGCUUUUAGAUUUAAAGAGAUAUUCAAAGUUAACAAGAGGGAGAUGUUAUUUCUUCAAAUUUAUCAAAUAAACAUAUCUUAGUUAGUGGUGUUAUACCAAGCAAACUACUUUAAGAAGAAGGAAGUAUAAUCUUAGAAGAAAAUUAGAACAAUUAAACAGCAACCGCAACAAAAAAAAAUAUGAGCUAAAAAAAGUUGAAAACAAAAGAUUAAAACUUAAAUUUUAGUAACUCUCAAGAUUACGAAUAGCUAAAUAAUAUCAUAAGUUAAACAAGAAUUUAAACUUAUUAAAAGUUAGAAAGAUGCUAAACAUAAUCUUCAUAAUAAUAUAAAUAUGUAAAUAAGCUUCAAAAUAUGUAAAUCUUUAACAACAUCGACUUACUAUUGCACAUGGCAAAUCAUUCACCUCUAAAUUGUUAGACACAAAACUGUCAAACUUGUUUAUAAAUAGAUCAUGAUGUAUAAAGUAUGGUCAAAGAAAUAGUGAAUAUUGAAAGAAAUAAGCUAAAUUUAAGACCAUCUAUUAAACAAGAACUUAAUAAAAUGAAAAGUGUGUUGUAAACAACAAAGUAGAGGAUAGGAUUUAUUUCAAAUCCAGUGAAUGUGAAAACACUUAGUUUUAUAAAUAAAAAUACUAAUAGCUAUUUGUAAAAUAGUAAAGGUAGCUAAAAAUAAUUACCAGAUUUAUCGAUACAAUUUUUUAUUUACGAAUUUGAUAAAAUGAGAAAAUAUUAAUUUUAUUUUCCUGAAGGCAAUUACUAAACAGUAUUAGAUAAGUUUAGAAUAUAAAAAAAGCAUAAAACAUUUUAUUAAGAAAGAAAUUAACUUUUUUCAUAGAAUUUUCUUACAUAUUAAUUAAUAUAAGAACAUAAUUGA